AUGAUGAGUUUAGAAUUGCUUGCCAAUGAAUUAUUACUUGAAAUAUUUGGCUAUCUUCCUAGUGUUCAUGUACUUCAAGCAUUCUACCGAUUGAAUACAAGGUUUGAUCAGUUGAUUCAUGUACAUUUUCAAACGUCUCGUUUCGAUUUUCGAGCAGCAACAAGAAGAGAUUUUUAUAAUGUUUGUCUAACUUAUUUUCCAUACAUCAAAGAUCAUCUUGUUUCGUUGGGCUUAUCGGACGAUGACGAAACACCCAACCAAAUCGAGUUAUUUCGAUCCAAUGGUUGGACUCUCGAUCGAUUUCCGCAUCUUCGUUCACUCUCAUUCGAUCACCUUCGUUCUAGUGAGAUCAUCGGUGACAUUCUCGUAGAAUGUCCUCAAUUAGUUCGUCUCAGUUUAACUGGAUGUUAUUUUGCCUGCACGCAAAAGGAAAUUCUACAUUUCAUGAAUAUAGUCUGGAGAUUACCGAAACUGAUUUACUGUUAUUUGAAUAUGGAUUUCAAACACGGAUCGCAGAUUUUAAGUCCAACGAUAUUUUCAGCAACCAUCGAACACUUAACCAUUAUUGGUGUUUCAUAUCCUGCCGGACAAGUGAUCAAUCUUUGUGAACAUACACCUCGUCUUCGAUAUCUUGCACUAGAUUUAUCAUGUCCGACUGCUAAUAUCGAAUUUCACACUACGAUUCCAUUGAUUACCGAAGUUAAUUUUAUCGUGAUUGGUGCCCAACAUGCGUUUAUUGAGAAUUUGUUACGAUGUAUGCCAAAUCUGUGUCAAUUAAAGAUUGAAACAUGCUAUGUAGAUAUGAAUGGAUACGAAUGGGAACAACUUAUACGGAAGUAUUUACCGAAAUUAAAACAUCUUCAAUUAAAAAUGCGAUCGCACGUGAUGAACGAAAAAUACCGAAAAGAAUUGUUCAAUUCAUUUCAAACACCAUUUUGGGUGAAAGAGCAUCAAUGGUUCAUUCGCUACCAUUAUAAUCAAGAUCACAAUGCGAAUAUGGUUUGCGUCUAUACAUUGCCAUACAAUUUUUCUACUCUUGAUAUUCAUUUUCCUGUCGUAUACAAAUCUACUUGCUUGAAUGAAAAAGAUCAUUUAUCAUAUGAAUAUGUACGAAAUUUAAGCUAUCAUUCGUCAGCAGUAAAUGAAAUGACCGGUGGAUCGGAUUUUGAGUUUCCUAAUAUUAACAAUUUAUCAGUUAAUCUACCUAUCAACGAUCAUUUGUUAUCACUUGUGCGAAAACUGGAUCAACUGUAUUCGCUGAAAAUAACACGACCGAGUAAUAUGUCGGACGAGGAGGCACGCAACCAAUUACAAACACUGCUUGAUCAUACACCACAUCUUUAUUAUUUGAAAUUUCAUUCAUGGUCACAAACAACGCAGCAACGGUGGAUACGCAUCGUUAAUCAAUCGAUUCGAAAGCUCAACCUUCUCGGUUAUAAUCAUUGGUUUACUGAACAAGAUUGCGUUGAAUUAAGUCAAUCAUUACUAGGUACCAAUUGUGAAGUACUUUAUAUUAAAGUUGAAAAACGAAAUGAUAUAUGUUACUUAAUCGAAACCAUGCGAAGAUUACGGGCUUUAAUCGUUCGAUCGAAGGAUGAUGAUGGGUCGAAUUUGUGGACCACAGACAAUCUGCAACUUGAUCUAUGGCUACGACAAUACUUACCCCCCAGAUGUUCAAUUAAACGAGAUUCUCGCUAUGUUCAUCAUGUUCGAAUAUGGAUUGAUUUAUAA